AAACAGCCCAGCGGCCAGACCUUGGCUGCUGGUCCCUGCAUGGCCGGGGUCCCCAGGGCUAGGCCUCAAGGAAGGGAUGGUGCCCACCUUGUCCAGCAGGGGUGGCCUCAGAGGACAGGCGCCCCUGUGAGUGCCGGAGAGGCCGUCCCGGGGAGCCGGUCCUGGGGCCCAGAGUACGGAGAGCCCGGUCUCUCGCGGACGCACACGCUGACGCUAGCCGUCCUGCCUGGCGCUGUGCCACCUGCCGACCCCGAAAACAGGUGCGGAAACGAACAAAGCACCGCUGACGCCCUCCGUCUGACCCCGUCCGUGGACUCUGCCCCAGCCGCUUCAUCAUCUUCUGUGCGCGCGUCUGUCCUGCAAGACGCUCUCUGACCGCUCGGUGCCGUUUGGCGACCGAGGCCUCGAGGGAACUGCUACCUCGUCUCUUCAUGGACCGAGCCUCGUCUCCACACUCCAGCAAGAGGACGGCGGCCUUGGAGCUUGGGAGGCCCUGAGGGACUCGGAUCGGUCCUGGAGGUAGCAGACGACACUGGUCAGCUCCGAGGGGCGGGGCCUCGGUCACGCGCACGCGCGCUCGGACUCGCACCCCGCCCCUCGCCGCGUGUUUCCGGCAGUCUCUCUUCUCUCCCCCCCCACCCCCCACCCCCACUCACCGGGCGCUGACUCGCUCUGCAAGCCUGGGGCGGUGUCCCCUGACCGGAACCGGAAGUGGGCCUUGAGUCCAGAGGAGGAAGCGGAGACCGACGCGUCCGCGGCCGCUGGGGUCUCGUGGGGCGGAGGGCGGCUGCUCGUGCGAGCCGGUCCGCGGGCCGGCCGGCGGCCCCGGCAAAGCCAUGAAGCUGUACUGCCUGAGCGUCCUCUACAAAGGCGAGCCCAAGGCGGCGCUGCUCAAGGCCGCCUCCGACGUGUCGUCCUUCAGCUUCUUCCAGCGGUCCAGUGUGCAGGAGUUCAUGACCUUCACAAGCCAGCUGAUUGUGGAGCGCUCAGCAAAAGGCAGCAGAGCUUCUGUCAAAGAACAAGACUACCUGUGCCACGUCUAUGUGCGCAAUGAUGGCCUGGCAGGUGUGGUCAUUGCCGACGGCGAGUACCCAUCCCGGGUGGCCUUCACUUUACUGGAGAAGGUGCUGGAUGAUUUCUCCAGGCAGGUCGAUAGGACUGAUUGGCCAGUUGGCUCCCCUGCUACCAUCGACUACACGGCACUGGACGGCUACUUGAGUACAUACCAGAAUCCCCGAGAAGCUGACCCCAUGAGUAAAGUGCAGGCUGAACUAGAUGAGACCAAGAUCAUUCUGCACAACACCAUGGAGUCCUUGCUGGAGCGGGGGGAGAAGAUAGAUGACCUGGUGUCGAAGUCCGAAGUGCUGGGGAUCCACUCGAAAGCCUUCUACAAAACGGCCCGGAAGCAAAACUCAUGCUGCGCAGUCAUGUGACUGCAGCCCAUAGAGGCCCCCUCGAUGCAGAGUCCCUGCCAUUCACACCAGAACCGCAGCCCCUGAGAAGCCUGGUGGCCACAUGAAGACCAAAGCGCAACCACCCAUCAUCUGCUUCGAGCUCCUGGGAGGAGCCGAGGGCUGGUGGAAGGGACCUAGGGUGGGGCAUGUUCAAAUUCACAUGUCUAGUAAUUUUUGAAAGAUGACUUCAGGCCCCCAGAGGUGUACUUUUGGGCCAAAUGAAACCAUAAACACUCUGGACUCCUGCUCAGGCCAAAGGGGUCGUUUCUAACCCUGACAGCCCCGGGUCAGGGCCAGCUCUGUUGGUCCCCAGCAGCCUUUGGGUUUUACUUGUUAACUGUGUCAGCACUCAAGUAAGGGGUUCCUGGUUCACAGGGCCUGGGGUGGUGGGCAGGUGCACCCUUGGCUCUCUUGAAGCUGCACAGGGCCAUAGGGGGUGGGGGUGAGUCAGGGUGGGCCAGCAUGUUGGGGCUGAGGCCAAGGUGAGACAGUCACUGGGCCUCACCAGUUCUGCAACGCAGUUUGUGUUUCUGUGGACACUUCCAUGGAGCUGCACAGAGGUGCCCUGGAGGUCUUUGCGGGGGGCAGGGCGCCUCACCUGACUUGCCGUUUGACCUUGAACAUAAGGAUCACAGGUUGUGCCUCUGCUGACAAGCCUGUCUUGGCAACCACCGGGGGCCUGCAUGUCUUAGCAAAUGGCUUUUCCUGUGGCCACUGCUGCUGGGCAUCAAGAGUAGGUGCCAGCCAACCCAAGGGCUCCCAAAACCCCACCUGUGAUCAGGGGCCCGUCCCCCCCACCUCCACCCCGACCUACUGGGUCCCACACUGCCUCUUCCUGCCCCGCUGGGCUGCCUGAGGACAAGGUGCACCCUUGUACUGGGCCCCAGGAAGCCCCUGCUGGGGCAGUUGCCACUGUGGUCUCUUUCCACAGGGUCCUUUGCCUGACAUGCUGGUUCUUGCCUGACUAAAGGGUCCACUCAUCCAGCAGGAAGUGCCGGCAGCUCUGAAAUCUCUCAUGUGGUCCAGAAAAUGGGAUCUAUGGCUUCUGAAUACCACCCCACCCUGACAGGUUUACCUGCUGGCUGCUCUUGUCCUCUGGGUGCUGCUGGCCUGCCUGCCUCUAUGUAGCCAGCUUGUCCAUGUGACUUUCCUCCUGAACACACCCUGGGCAGCGCAGGCCCAUCCUGCUCACUGAUGCCUGAGGUGGCUGUGACUCCACUGGAUAGUUCAGGUCCUAGAUGAUGGGGAGCACAUGGGGAGCAGGUGGAAGUGGAGGAGGGAGCAAGUGGGGGCCCAGCUCAGGCCCUGUGCCAUCUUGUCCCCUGUUCAUGUCAUUCUAAUGUUAAGUCAUCUGGCUAAGAGUGUAUUUUAGUAAUUGCUGCCUAACUUUUCUCUGUCUUGUUCAACAAGUUUCUUUCUGGAUAAAGUUGUCUUUUGAAAUUCCAAAA